UCGUCCACCCACAGCCCGCGGAGCCCUAUCCCCUCAGCAAAAGCCACCGGAUCCCAAAUAUUUAUACGGCCCGCCCGCAUAAUCCCGAGGCGCCGCGCCACUCUUCCCCUUUCUCUUCCGUCUCUCGCAUCGCGCCGUCUCGCCCGCGCUCGUCGCAGGUCUUCGAGUGGGAAGGGAGGGCAGCCGGUUGUUCCGGAAUGGCGCAGGCGGUGUUGCCGGCGAUGCAGUGCCAGGUCGGGGCGAAGGCGGCCGUCCGGGCAAGGCCGGCGGCGAGCGCCGCGGGAAGGGUGUGGGGCGUCAGGAGGAGCGGACGCGGCACCCCGGGGUUCAAGGCCAUGGCCCUGAGCACCGCGAGCACCGGGGUGGUGCCGCGCCUCGAGCAGCUGCUCAACAUGGACACCAAGCCCUACACCGACAAGAUCAUCGCCGAGUACAUCUGGGUCGGAGGAUCUGGAAUCGACAUCAGAAGCAAAUCAAGGACAAUUGAAAAACCCGUGGAGGAUCCCUCGGAACUACCAAAAUGGAACUACGAUGGAUCAAGCACAGGCCAAGCUCCAGGAGAAGACAGUGAAGUCAUUCUAUAUCCCCAGGCUAUUUUCAAGGACCCAUUCCGAGGCGGCAACAACAUUUUGGUUAUGUGUGAUACCUACACGCCAGCUGGGGAACCCAUUCCUACUAACAAACGCCACAGGGCUGCACAAAUUUUCAGCGACCCAAAGGUCGUUGAACAAGUGCCAUGGUUUGGCAUUGAGCAAGAGUACACUUUGAUGCAGAGAGAUGUGAAUUGGCCUCUUGGCUGGCCUGUUGGAGGCUACCCUGGUCCCCAGGGUCCGUACUACUGUGCCGUAGGAGCGGAAAAAUCAUUCGGCCGCGACAUAUCAGAUGCUCACUACAAGGCAUGCCUUUACGCUGGAAUCAACAUUAGUGGAACAAACGGGGAGGUCAUGCCUGGUCAGUGGGAGUACCAAGUUGGACCUAGUGUUGGUAUUGAAGCAGGAGACCACAUAUGGAUUUCAAGAUACCUUCUCGAGAGAAUCACGGAGCAAGCUGGAGUUGUGCUUACACUUGAUCCAAAACCAAUUCCGGGUGACUGGAACGGAGCUGGCUGCCACACAAAUUACAGCACGAAGAGCAUGCGUGAAGAUGGAGGAUUUGAAGUGAUCAAGAAAGCAAUCCUUAACCUUUCUCUGCGCCAUGAUUUGCACAUUAGUGCAUAUGGAGAAGGAAAUGAAAGAAGAUUGACAGGGUUACACGAGACAGCUAGCAUCGACACCUUCUCAUGGGGCGUGGCGAACCGUGGAUGCUCUAUUCGUGUGGGGAGAGAUACUGAGGCCAAAGGAAAAGGGUACCUGGAAGACCGUCGCCCAGCAUCGAACAUGGACCCAUACAUUGUGACAGGGCUACUGGCAGAGACCACAAUUCUCUGGGAGCCAACCCUUGAAGCCGAGGCUCUUGCCGCUAAGAAGUUGGCACUGAAUGUAUGAAAGACAUGAAGCAUGGCUCAGGCAAAUAAACCGGUCCACAACAAAAUUGAUUGUUGCCCACCGGUCUGGAUCUUGUGAUUCUGUUCGGCGCCAUCCUGUACAAAAUUUACAGUUUUCUGGACCCACAUUGUUUCGAUUCGUCGGUUACAGUAACCUUUUGCUUGGACACCACGUUUGUACUCGGUCUGUACUUGUCUCCAUUUGGGACUGGAUGAUGGACAGUGAAUUUCAUUCGGUGAGUCUGGUUCUUCAGU